GGUUUAGCCAGUGGCAACGAGCUGCGAUGAGCAAGAGAGCUGAUUGUGUUCCCAUGGCAAAAGCUGGGGAGUCAUCCAAAGGCGGCAAGGCCGGCAAGGGCGGCAAGAGUGCAGUGCGUUGGCCACAGGAAGAGCCCCUUCACGAGACCCAGAGUCAGGAUUCCACUGGCAGCUUCUUUGAUGCGGUGGUGAGUUUCGCGAAGAGCUCCGGAGCGGCGGACGUAUGGAACGAAUGGUUCCAGUACACCCAGAAGUGCCCGUGUCCUGCGAAAGGGAUGAAAUCUGCGAAAAGAGACAUCGGUUGCAGCCGUGGUUUGGGUUCUAAACCCAAACGCUCCGUUCACAGACCGACCGGGACCUUAGGAGGGUCCAUGAGCAGGUCUUUGUUUGGCGGAAGUGCUGAAUGUGUUUUCUCAACCUUGACCAGACUGGAGCGCACUGAAGCCUUUGGUGAUCAAUAGCCAAGACCCAGACAACGCAGACGGUGUUUCGUUUACCAAGCGUGUCGUUGGAUUGUUCAUUGUUGUUCACUUGCUGAUGUGUUUCCAGAAUGUCAAUGUGGAAGAAGGUUGAUUCGCGGUCCGAACCAGAUUGGCCUACAAUUUGUUGACACCAUUGAGCCUUGGAGCUUGUGGACCAAAGCAAGUGGGCCAAGGAAUGGAUGUGAUGAUGAUGAUGAUGAUGAUGAUGAUGAUGAUGAUGAUGAUGGUGGUGUGUGUGUGUGUGUGUGUCAAACCCCGUGUCUAGGGGCUCUAUCUUACCUACUUCUUCUCUGCCGCUUGAAUUCAGACUGCACCAUUUCCCAGCAGGGGGGCAGUGAGUCUCUCACCAUCCACUGCCCAACGAAGACGGUGGAUUGAGACUGUGAUAUUCCUGAGGGACGCCUCAGGAACAUACCUGCACUGACUGUUUAAACAUAUCGUAAAGGGCCAAUGAGUGCUGUUAAAACAUUCAGUUGAGCGGACCCAUCACUUCAUGCCGUUGAAUCAAGUCAAGUGCUAAGUAUUCAUUGGCUAAUGCAGUAACGUAAAGUGCUUCUGCUCACCGUGCAACUCUGAAACACAGAUCCGCGGAGCACUCAUCUUAAGUGUGUGUUUUUCCGAACAUGUGGUAGGGUGUUUUUCUUGACGAAAAGGCCAUGGAUAGGAGUACAGGGCGCAAAGAACAGUUCUAAAAACUUCCAGAGACGAAGACGAACACGCUAGGAGCGAGGACGCUACUAGUAGUUCCUGGCCUUACUACUAGGAGCAAGAAGCUACUAGUAGCCCCCAGAAUCGCUACUAGGAGCAAGCUUGUAUUGGUGUUGGUUUUCUUCGGGCACCACGCAGUCUUAAAAGACCGGGCGGAAAAGGAGGUUCGCCGACGCGGUUGCAGGUAUUGCCGCUGCGCAGGAUGAGUGCAACAACCAUCGCGGCCUUUGAAAAACUGGACAUCCGGUGAACGCUAGUGAAGCCAGACCUGAAGCCGAAACCACCAGGGGCAAACGGGCGUCGAAAUCCCACAAUGGGCUGUAGUAGGUUGGAGGCCAUU